AUGGAGGAUAUUGCAGUGAAGGUCCUUCUCAUUGGGGAUGAGGAAGUAGGGAAAACAACAUUUUUAUCGCGGAUCAGUAGAGGUAGCAAUAACCUCGAAGGCCAUGGCUCCAUCACCUUGCUACGAGACAUAGACCAGCCCUUCGUUUUUGAAAUACGGAAUAGGAGGCGUGGGUAUCGUAUUGAAUUCUAUGAUACGUCUUCUCCAGAAGACUGGCGAUUGCUCGAACCCGACUUGAUUCUUAUUUGCUACGACAUCAGCCAAAGAUCAAGCCUCGUCAAUAUGCAAAGACUCUGGAUCAAGCAGGUCCAUGCCACUUUCCAGGCUAGUGACCGCAUCCCACUGAUAGUCGUCGGUCUUAAGAGGGACUUGAGAUCCGAGAGCGAUCCAAAUGGAAUCAUAUACCCUCAAGAAGCGUAUAAUGUGUCCCAAGAGAUGAGGGUGGACAAGUAUGUCGAGUGCUCCGCUGUCACGGGCGAGCUCCUGAAGCUGGCCUUUGAGGAGAUAUGUGAUGUCGCCGUAAAGACGGCGACUCCCGAUGGCGGGCAAACUGAAGGCGGGUGCGUGAUCCUAUAG